AUGGGAACCAGGACAGAGGAGGAAGUGGCCACGGUUGUCGCUGUUUCGUGGAGCGCGUUUGGCGAGGGGACAAUUGCAAAUUCAGGGAGACACGUGUGGCACCAAAAUAAUAAAUCGAAUGACUCUCACCUGAAACACGAAAGCGGGGGGGGUGCGGUUCAAGCCGCUGUGCCUUCCAUGAGAACGUCGAAGGAACGCGUUUCGGCCCCAAAUUCAGGACCCAGGGAGCAUAUUAACAAUAUUCCAACGCUGGAAGUUAAGUGGAUCCGGCAUGCUCAACUUCACUUUCAACAGCACACGGUCGGUGUCCUUCGGGCAAGCAUGGAGCACGUGGUGUCGUUUGAGCCGGUCUUAAAAGCGGAUAUGAGCUCCUCGUCUCCCUUCCCCAUCCUGCCCUCCCCUCGCCCGCCACCCGGCACACGCCCUUGUAUCGACACAUCCGGUGCGCGCGGCGAACGGUUUUUCGGUAGAGUGGUACUCCCCCCCCUUCCCACCACCCCCUCAAAGACAAAUUGGUCACAGGGGAGUCACGAGGAGUUGAAUUUCGGGUAG